AGAAAAAAAGAAAGAACCCCAGGUCCAAAUAGCUUUCUACUCAUCCGCUCCAACCGUUUGAAUCCCCUCGUGGACUGAAAACAUCGAACUGGUUACUGGGAUUCCUCUUUCCAUUUUCUUCUCCUUCAAAUCCCAAUGGCCAAAUCCUUGUUCUUCCCCGGAAACGUUCCUCUGAGACUUUCUCAAAUCCCAAGAUCAAUUUCCUCGCAUAAUCAAACAAACUCAUCUCUUCCUCUGAGCUCAACAACCAAACAAUUUCGACAUGGGUUUCAGCGAAUUCUUCAUUUCGAUGCCAAAUCCACGAGAAGUCUCUGCACGAAGGCCGUCAUAUCUGAAAUUCCCAAUCAGAGGUAUUAUCCCAAAGUGGGUGCCCACUCAACUGGCCCCAUUCCAGCUAGUCAGCUCCUUCAAGUUGUUGAAACUGCUGCAAAAACUGGUGCUCAGGUUGUUAUGGAAGCCGUUAACAAGCCUCAAAAUAUUUCCUACAAAGGAGUAACUGAUUUAGUUACUGAUACAGACAAAAUGAGUGAGGCUGCAAUUUUGGAUGUUGUGAACAAGAACUUUGGAGAUCACCUUGUUCUUGGGGAGGAGGGUGGAAUUAUAGGAGAUUCAUCUUCAGAUUAUUUGUGGUGCAUUGAUCCUCUGGAUGGGACAACAAAUUUCGCACACUGUUAUCCUUCCUUUGCUGUUUCUGUAGGAGUCCUGUUUCGAGGAAAACCUGCUGCUGCAUCUGUGGUAGAGUUUGUUGGGGGCCCAAUGUGUUGGAAUACACGCACAUUUUCUGCUACUGCUGGUGGGGGAGCAUUCUGUAAUGGCAAAAAGAUUCAUGUGAGUCAAACAGAGCAGGUGGAGCGUUCUCUUCUAGUUACUGGGUUUGGCUACGAACAUGAUCAUGCAUGGGCCACAAACAUGGAGUUAUUUAAAGAAUUCACUGAUAUUAGCAGGGGUGUGAGAAGACUUGGUGCCGCUGCAGUAGACAUGUGCCAUGUCGCUCUAGGGAUUGUUGAAGCAUAUUGGGAAUAUCGUCUGAAGCCAUGGGAUAUGGCUGCUGGUGUUUUGAUUGUUGAAGAAGCUGGUGGAGCAAUUACUCGCAUGGAUGGUGGAAAGUUUUGUGUAUUUGAUAGGUCUGUCUUGGUAUCCAACGGUGCAUUGCAUGCCAGGCUUUUGGAGAAGAUUGCCCCUGCAACAGAGAAAUUGAAGAGUGAAAAUUUUGAACACUCAUUGUGGUUCAAGCCUGAGAACUACACCACAGACCUUUGAUGCGGCAAAGGGUGCUUUUUUCGCUUAACAACACGCUAUGAACAUCCGCUCAACAAAUCGGUCCUUGGUCUCUCUUGCAUGACAAAUGUUUUCAUUCUCUCCUCGCCGACUCUCGUAAUUCUUCCCCUGAUCUCCAUCUCUUGUCUACUUGUAUAAAGAACUUGAGGAGCACACUUGAUCCAGGCUGAAAAAGAAUUGGUUCCUCCAGUUUAAGAGUCAAUAUCCUGAUUGCUCAGAAUCGGUCUAUUGUAACUUGCAAAAUGCCAACUUAUCAUGUUUUCAAAACAAAAUAAAAACACAUUUGUUCUGGCUAGCGUUGAAUAAGUUCGUGGUUGUAAGAGUCAAAUCAUAGAUGUUGCUUUCACUUUAUUAUUAUUAUUUUUUGGAUUGUAUUAUUUGUAGCUAUAUCAAUUUGUUCAAAUCCAUAUCAUAUUCUUAAUGAGUAGGAGUGAACAAGGAUGGGCUGAACACUAUUCAUACAUUUACAGUGAAAUUAUAGCAAA